AUGUCGAGACCCUCAGCUGCUCUCCAGCAAUGGCUUAAAAUUCGUCAAACUCUAUCCGCGCACAAUCCUGCCGUAUUGAACUACAGCGCGAAUUAUCAUUCCGUACCCUCCGCAAAGCCUCUCACCCUCACCACCACUUCCAACGGCAUCUCUGUAACCAGAAGAUCAUUCCAUAGCACCCCGACACGCAAUGCCAAGCCAAACUCAAGACCAGCUCCCCGUCUACGGUCGAAAACAAGAGAAACACAAACAGCUCGAGGGAUUGGAAAGGCUGGCGCAGAACAUGUGAGCCACCAGGGCAUGUUCAUGCCUCGACUGGAGGGCAAUCGCGAGCAAGGGUUGCUAUGGUUUGAACAACAUGCAGAUUCAAUAUAUGACGCGGCUGUUCAGGAUGGGUACUUGCCUUCGGCUAUCAGCCUUGCGACGUUCAAAGACGUUGGUACGAAGCUCAUCAGAGCAUCUGUUUCGGACAAACCCAAUGUGCAAGCCAUUCGGAAGAUUUCAGUUGAUGUCGACACCGUCUUUCGCAUUGGAUUUCUCAUCUCAUCUAACUCUUGGCUGCGCGAAUGGAUUCUCACUUCGUGUGCGAUGGCGAAAGCACGCUUAGCGGUGGUAAUGACCCAGGCCCGUCUCAUUAAAUGGACCCAGGCCCCGCCGCGAAAUGAGUGGACGGAGCUUGUGGAGCAGUUAGCUAAGGAGGGCUAUCCGCCAGCAAUAGCCUUGCACGCAAAGAUUCUUGGUCUGCGUGGCAAGUAUGAGGAAGCGUUCAAACUCCUAGAGAACGAGGUACUUCCUUAUCUGUCGCCCACCAGGCGGACGAAGCCUAUUUUUGAGGAUAUUACCGUUUCGAAGCUUGUGGACUCGCCUUGGCGCACGUAUGCGCUACUUCACGAGGCGUACAAUGACUUACACGACUCCCCAGACAGUCGAAGGAAAGCAGAUGAGGCAACACGGAUUGCGGCUCUCGAUUACAAUGACCCGGACGCGUUGGCCGAGUACGCUUCCAUCAUGAUGAACGAGAAGAACUUGGAUAUGUACGAGCAAUGCAUGUCACGGGCUGCGGGGGCCGGUCACGCUAAGGCCUGCUUCUUCCUCGCGAAUUUCUAUUACCUGACCUACCACGGUGUAUACCCAACAAAUGCUGAAAGGGCCGCUGGACAGUCCGCAGCUACAAACGCCCCCGCACCGGAUGAUGAUGCUGCAUUGAACCCCAGUUUCUGGAAAGCCCCCCGACAAUGGUUAUCAUCCCUCACCAGCCCAUUCCUCGCCCGCACGCAGUACCGCCAGCUCGCUCUCGAGUGGUACAUGCUCGCCCGGGCAUAUAAGGACCAUAACGCGGCGUUUAUGUUGGCGCUACUGUCUCGCGAGAUGGGAAUGGUUGAAGAAGGCGCUGCGAUCCUUCUAGAGUCUGAGCAGCACCUGGAUGCUUCUUUCACACAGCGAAUCCAAGAUUUGAAGGCUAACUGGGAUGAUCCAAAAUAUGUCCCUUCGGUGCCUAAGAAAAUAUUGGCUGUACGAUAG